AUGGGCGUUCAGAUCGAAUUUGUCGUCUUCCUCAUGUUUGCAGUUGGCGUGAAAAGUGAAGGAUCUGCAACAUUCUGGAGAGAUAAAGUCACACUGACCUGUCCGGGUAACGGGACCUGGCAUAGCUCUACAGCUAAAGUGCAAAAUGAGAAAGAAACAUAUGAAUUUGAGUUUACUAAAAAAAAGAAUAAUUUUCACUGCACAUAUCAGGACAUUGAUGAUGUUGUCAAAACGUAUCGUUUCUACGUGGAAGGAAAAGCYUGUAAGGACUGCUUUGAAGUAGACGGACUUCUCUUCCUGCUGAUCAUCAUCGUGGAUUUGAUCGGGACGUCGGCUCUGAUGACGAUCAUCUACAGCUACACUAAGAAGAAAGUCCCAGAGCAACGGCCUCAACCUCGUCCUAAACCAGGGGGCCGGGCUCCACCUGUCCCUGCUGCUGACUACGAGCAACUGAGCCCAAACUCUGAAUCGGCGACCUACUCUGCUGUGGUGAUACGCCAGACUUAA